AGAUGUAAAAUUUGGAAGAAUUAAAAAUAGCAAUUACUGGAGCAGCUGGUAAUUUAGCAUCUGCAUUGUAUGACUAAAAAUAAUGAAUUCUAGUUAUCCUCUUUUAGGUUCUGGUUAAGUAUUUGGAUCAAUGCAGAAAUUUUCGUUGUAAUUAUUGGAAUUACCUGAUAAAUUACAAGAAUUGGAAGGAAUAAAGAUGCAAAUAUAAGAUUGUGCAUUUCCAUUAUUGAAUAAUGUGAUAGUAUCAAGUGAUCCAGCAAUUGCAUUUAAAGAUGCAGAUGUAGCAAUAUUUUUAGGAGCCAUGCCUCGUAAGCCUGGAAUGGAAAGAAGUGAUCUUUUAUAAAUGAAUAGAGAAAUAUUUAUACAAUAGGUUUAAUAUUCAAAUUAUAAAUACAGGGUUAAAUUUUAAAUGAUAAAGCUAAAACAACUGUUAAAGUUUUAGUUGUGGCAAAUCCUAGCAAUACAAAUUGUGCUACUCUAGCUAAUUAAUGUACUAAUAUUCCAUAAUCAAAUUUUACAUCACUUAUGUAACUAGAUCAUAAUAGAUGUGUCUCAACUGUAUGACGUAUUUUUUAUUAUUUUAGCUUGCAAGAGAAGCAAAUACAACUAUUGAUUAAAUCAAAAGAGUGAUCAUAUGGGGAAAUCACUCUCUUACAUAAUAUCCAGAUAUGACACAUUCUAUUAUUAAUGGUAAAUAAGCAUCAGAAACAUUUUCCAAGGAUUUUUUAAGAAAUGCUCUUAUAUAAUAAGUCUAAUAAAGAGGAGGUUAAAUAUUAUAACUUUCAAGAGGAGCGAGUACAAUUUCAGGAGCCAUUGCUGUUAAAGAUCAUUUAAGAACAUGGUUUUUAGGAACCUCUUAAGAUAAUUGGACCUCUUUUGGAGUAUCAAUAAAUAUAAUAUUAGGUUAUUUCUGAUGGAAAUCAUUAUGGAAUUCCAAAAGGCAUUUGCUUUUCUUUACCUGUGACUUGUAAAGAUUUUGAAUUUAAAGUUGUUGGUGAUGUAGAAUUAGAUGAUUUCUCCAAAUAAAGGAUUCAAUUAUCAUUAGUUGAAUUACAAAAAGAGUAGUAAUGAUUAAUAAAAAAUG